GCGGCGGAGCGCGGAGCCUGAGCCCGGCCGGGCCGAGCGCAGCGCAGCGGGCCGGGGAGAGGCUGGCGCGCCCGCGGCCCGGCGAAUCCUCUGGCAUCCGCCCCGGCGGGCCGCCCCGGCGCGCAAGGUUGAAGCAUGGAGCUGCGUGUGGGAAAUAAGUAUCGCCUGGGCCGAAAGAUCGGCAGUGGCUCCUUUGGAGACAUCUACCUGGGUGCCAACAUUGCCUCUGGUGAGGAAGUAGCCAUCAAGCUCGAAUGUGUGAAGACGAAGCAUCCCCAGCUCCACAUCGAGAGCAAGUUCUACAAGAUGAUGCAGGGCGGAGUGGGGAUUCCGUCCAUCAAGUGGUGCGGGGCUGAAGGAGACUAUAACGUGAUGGUCAUGGAGCUGCUGGGGCCCAGCCUGGAGGACCUCUUCAACUUCUGUUCCCGGAAGUUCAGCCUCAAGACGGUGCUGUUGCUGGCUGACCAGAUGAUCAGCCGCAUCGAGUACAUACACUCCAAGAACUUCAUCCACCGGGAUGUGAAGCCCGACAACUUCCUCAUGGGCCUGGGGAAGAAAGGCAAUCUGGUAUACAUCAUUGACUUCGGCUUGGCCAAGAAGUACCGCGAUGCCCGCACACACCAGCAUAUUCCCUACCGGGAAAACAAGAACCUGACAGGCACUGCCCGCUAUGCCUCUAUCAACACCCACCUGGGCAUUGAGCAAAGUCGUCGAGAUGACCUAGAGAGCUUGGGCUAUGUGCUCAUGUACUUCAACCUGGGCUCCCUGCCCUGGCAGGGCCUCAAAGCAGCCACCAAGCGUCAGAAGUACGAGCGGAUUAGCGAGAAGAAGAUGUCAACGCCAAUCGAGGUCCUCUGCAAAGGCUACCCCUCCGAGUUCUCAACAUACCUCAACUUCUGCCGCUCCCUGCGGUUCGAUGAUAAGCCUGACUACUCCUACCUGCGCCAGCUCUUCCGAAAUCUCUUUCACCGGCAGGGUUUCUCCUACGACUACGUCUUCGACUGGAACAUGCUCAAAUUCGGGGCUUCCUCGAGCCAGGCUCAGCCCCGAGACAACGAAGCUCUUGCACCACCCUGCCCCCGCCCUUGGCCUUGCGCUGGGCCCGCAUACUCACCCACUUACUGGUGCCCGGCGCCCCUGGGCACCCAAGGACCCCCAGAUAGGCCGGUGGAGGAGGAGGUGGAGCAACUGCCCCCUCAAAGAUAUUGGCCUGUGGUCUGGACUCCAGGGCCCCAGUUCUGAUACCACCAGGGUGUCUCAGCCACCUCUCUGCCAAGCUUAAGGAAGCAUCCUGCAGAAUGGCAGGGUGACACCCUGUUCCAAAGAGGUGGCUGUCCAGUGGAAAGGUUAUGACGAAAGGCCCUGCAUAGGAUCCUCAAGAGCAUACCAGCUGCCCGAGGGCCAGGAGCAGCCUGAAGAAGGAAUAGUGACCGCCAGGGAGGGGUUGGUGUCACAUCACAGGACACUGCUUCAUCUAGACCCCAUUAUCGGCCUGUGUAUUGAUUCUGAGCUCAUUAAAAACACUUCCUUUUCUUUACCCACGUGUACCUCUCUUUUCAAAGAGUGGCCCUUGGCCUGCUCCAUCCUGUGUUAAGAACGAACAUAGAUAGGCCUUGCCUUCUAGACACCAAGAAGGGUACAUUGACUUGGGGCUCUUCUUCUCUUUGGGCCCAAACAGUGGCCUGGGCCUGUUCUCCAAGGAAGCCUCACAGGCUGGGGACCUUGGGGACAAACCUGUGGCUUUUCUGUCUAGGACUGGAGUGAAAGGUGGGCAUCGAAGCUCCUUCUAGCUCAGAGCACAUUGGCCAAGGGCCUGGUCGUGCAGCUAGCUCUUCAUAUGACCAGAUGUUCAGGCCUGGGGCACCAGGCAUGUGAUACAGAAAAUUAUCCAAGUCUAAUGUGGAGAUGGGCUUUGACCCUUCUCAGUGAAGCUCAAAGAACAGACUUUGUAUUCUCUAGACCUGGGCAUCUAUCCCUCUGUCGUAGCCCCUGGCCACAUGGUGCUGACUUUCAUUCACUAAAGUAUUUGGAAAUGGAUGCUUGCUCCUUAGUCACCAGCUUUCCCUGAGAAAGGACAAGUGGCUGCCACAUCCAGCAUGACAACUGGGAACAUUUGUCCUCUGGGAGGGUCUAUGGACAGCUGCAGGAGGUGGCCAGUUGACAAAGUUUCACACAAGGCCAGAUACACCCUCCUGGCCCAGUCGCUAGUACCGUGACCCCCCUCCCAGGGCUCCUCCUUGGAGGAAGUAGACUCUAGAGUUCAAAGCUGGGCAGCCUUUGCCUCCGCCUUGUGUGACCCUGUCACCAUGUGGCCAGCUCCGUCGCCAAGACCGUCUGCAGAACACACAGCAGAAACUUUCACAACCCUCAUCCCAAGACCAGGCCUUCCCACCUGCCCUGCGAAUAGAAGCCGUCCAGCAGACUCUGCAGACAGGACUCCGUGAGCAAAAGACCGGAAGGACCCACUUGACCUUGGAAUGACCUCCCGUGUUCCAUCCCAGGGGACUGGAAUCCCCAGCUGCUUCUCUCUGAGAACACAACCACUGUUGUGUUCCACAAGUCAGGAGGAGGCUCCGUACGGUGACGUCUCUAAGAUGGAGCCAGACACUUGUGUAACUUGGGGCACUGACUUCUGUGUUUUCUUGUGGGCAAAUAAAGGCCAUGAAAACACUCUGGUGUGCGUUUCUUAAGGCAUCUUAUCCCAUUACCCGUGGAGUCAGGUCCAUCCUGAGCCUGCUGGAACUGCUGAGACCCCAGCCAUCCACCCGGCUAUUGCUGUGCCAAGCUUGAAGCAUUGAUGGCAGGGCGACACCCUGUUUGGGGCUCUGCACCCCUAAGUGAACUCUUUGCUUAGCCUCAGCAAGCCUCCGUUUCCCACCGCUACCACAGGGUUGGCUGUGAGCCCCCACAGCCCUUGCUUCUCUCUGCUUGGGCUGCGUUUUGGCUGACCUGGGCAACCAGGGAGUCUUGAGCCCCGGCUUCUGAGUGGGAUGUCCAAGAUAAGGUAUCUAAACCAUGUCCUUUUGAGGGACAGAAAUGGAUCAGUGGUAGAUUUAUCACCACAUCUGCAUGGGCUUUGUAACUCGGGGCAGGUCACAGGGCUUUGACCAGUCAGCAUUUCUACCUCAGAGAGGGCCCCAGAUAGGAGUUAAGAGCGCCAGCCAUAGAGUGAGGUGGGGAUGUGCCUGCCUGGCUUGGCUCCUUCCCAUAGAACUCUGGGAUCAUUUGGAAUUGAGCCACUCCCUCCCCGUUUUUCAGAGCAGUAGGGCUUCUUAGUCAGUACCUGGAGAGAUGAGGGUUUGCAGAGCCCCAUGGCCUAUGGGGGGUUCCCCACUCAGCCUGUAGCUCUCUCCUCCACAGAUGCGGCCCCCCUUCCACCAGCCCCCUGCCCUUCCCUGUGGACGGCCCCAGGACCAGCUAGGUAACUCAGCUAGGAGCUGCAACCAUGCUGCAAUAUCUUUCCGGUCCUUCCUACCUUCCUCUUGGACUUCGCAGUAACUUAAGAGGAUAGGCCCCUGGGGGCACUCCAGGCACCUACC